UCUUUAGCCUCAUUGAUCAACUCCAAUAAAUAGAAAAUUCUAAAAAAUCUUGUCAAAAACCACCUCAGAUCUCAUGGAGUUUAAGGUUUGUGCUUUGCAUUUCCUGCUAAUAGCUAACAUACUUCUUGUGCAAAGCUCAGUUCUUGGCUCAAACAAGUGCAACUUCCCAGCCAUCUUCAACUUUGGCGACUCGAAUUCAGACACCGGUGGCUUCUCCGCCGCCUUCAGCCCAGUUCCUCCUCCCUAUGGAGAAACAUUCUUCCACGCCCCGGCUGGCCGUAACAGCGACGGCCGUCUCAUCAUAGAUUUCAUAGCUGAGAGCCUAGGAUUGCCUUAUCUCAGUGCUUUUCUUGAUUCUGUUGGCUCAAACUUCAGCCAUGGGGCCAACUUUGCAACUUCUGCAUCAACCAUUAGGCCUCAGAACUUGUCCCUCUCCAAGGGGGGCUACAGCCCGAUCUCCCUCGACGUGCAGCAAGUCGAGUACUCGGGUUUCGUGGCAAGAUCACAAGCUGUGAGAGCAAAAGGUUCCCAUUUGCAGCAAGUUUUUUCAUGUCCAAGUUGGUCUGUUUUUGCUUCAUUUUACAGUUCAUUAUACUAUGCAGGGCUGUCCCUCGAUUCGCUUCCGGAGAAGGACUACUUCUCCCGGGCGUUGUACACGUUCGACAUAGGCCAGAACGACAUCACUGCUGGCUUGGACACCAACUUGACCUUGGAAGAAAUCAAGGCACAAGUUCCUGAUAUGAUAGGACAGUUCUCCUCUGUGAUCAAGGAAGUCUACAGUUUAGGAGGGAGAUCAUUCUGGAUACACAACACAGCACCAUUAGGCUGUCUGACAUAUGUGCUUGAUGCUCUAGCUGCCACAACACCUGAGGUUGAUAGGUAUGGCUGUCUGAUCCCGUACAACGAGGCUUCGCAGCAUUUCAACGCGAAGCUACACGAGGCCGUGGUGCAGCUGAGGGAGGAGCUCCCCCUUGCUGCAAUCACAUAUGUUGAUAUCUACUCAGCCAAGUAUGCUCUCAUCAGCCAGGCAAAGGAGCUAGGAUUUGAGGAUCCGUUCCGAGCCUGCUGUGGCUACGGAGGGAAGUACAACUACAGCAGGUUUGCGAGAUGUGGGAGCAAGAACGGGGCAGGGGACGUGCUGGCCAAGUCGUGCAAGGAUCCGUCUGCUUGGAUCAGUUGGGACGGGAUCCACUUCACUGAGGCGGCUAACGAGUGGAUCUUUCACCGGAUUGCAGACGGCUCGUUUUCAGACCCUCCGGUGUCGAUUGAAUCCGCGUGCAGCAGGUGCAGCUGAAGAUGAUGGCAUUAGGCCUUCCUUAGUUGUUCCAUUUUGAUGUUGUGGUGAAUGGAAUUAGGCCUUUUCCUACUGUUACAUUGAUGUGAUGAGUUGUUUCUUGUCCAAAUUCAGACAUCAGUGAAAAAAAAUACUAAUGUGAAAAAUCUCUAUUGAGAAAUUACAUAGUGGAAGAGCUUCAGCAGCUGAAAUGGACUAAGCAGAAGUUUUUGUUUUUGAUAAAUCAACACUUGAAAUUUGGAGUCUGAAAAACUAAGUCAAAAGUCAAUCUUGCCUUGUUGAAA